AUGUACCUAUAAUAUUAGGUACAUUUAGUGGGCUUGACAGGUUUGACAGGUACUAACUCUAGGCUGUGAAUGCUUAGUGUUACUUGUCAAAGGUCACCAACUCACUCUUAACGAGUGAUGAGUUGUGAAUAACAAACUCAUCGUAAUGAAUAAAAUAAAGGUAUUGACUUAACCCAGGCUUUGCCGGGAAAACCAUUCUAUUUACUCUCAUUCCUUCUUUAUUCUAUUGUCAGUGUAUUUAGGUUACGCUCUUUAUCGUCACAGCAAUCUUCGUUUGACUUACCCAAGGGGAAUUACGGGAAACGAAAUAACUAUUCGAUAACCAACUGCUCGAGGACAAUGCCAUUCAUUCCUGGUACUCCCGAGUCUUUACUAGGCCGAUCCGACUCCAAGAACCCAGCUACAACAUGUCGAGGUAUUACUUCAGGAGGGCGACCUUGUCGACGCGACUUGAAUUCAUCCCCAGGAUCCUCACCUGGCAUUCCUCGAACCAAAGUCGGUAGACUGCGCGUAGACGAUCCGAGUAAUCCUAAUCUAUACUGUUGGCAACAUAAAGACCAAGCGAGUUUAUCUGCGAAAUCCAGCCCAGGACCAAGAAAGGAUUGUACACCUAUUCUCGAAUCUCGCGAUAGUUUGGAUACUCUCUUCGGUCGACUUGGUAUAAUCGAGGCACAACAGCAGGGAAAGAAACCAGGACAUAACUCUACGAAGCCGGCAAAACAUGGUGACGAUCGAUACAACGAGAAAAUCUCACAACCGCAUAGGCGAAACUCGAAGGUGAAGAAGGAAUCAACUUUUUGCUGUUGUUUUACGAUUCCUGAAAUUGAAGAAGAAGAACGUCCUUCUCGACCGCAACCUCGACCGUUACAAGCCGCACCCGCGAAACCUACCUCUUCUAGACCACCCGCGAGCCAGCACUUAUCGAUCCCGUCCGCGCAUCCCCGACCGAGCACCGACUCUUCGAAGCGACCCUCAUCCAAAAUGUCGCAGCAAUCACAGACAUCGCAGUACCUAUCGUUAAUCCCACCGACAGCGUUACCUCAGACAGCUUCGCUGCUUAUGGCCGAACUAGCGAAACCCGUGUCGCAGCAAGAUGAGCCGGGUUACAUAUACAUAUUUUGGUUAACACCCGAAUCACAACCAUCAACCCCUCCCGCCGAAGCCGCGCGAUCGCUCCUCGCGCCACCACGUCCCGAUGGUCGUCAACGACGAACGAGCGAUGUACUGGAAUCAUUUGCCGUGAAGGAGAGUAAGACCGGGAAGAACGGAUCAGCUAAGAAAAUCCUGUUAAAAAUUGGUCGAGCGUCAAACGUACAACGACGGUUAAACGAAUGGACACGCCAGUGCGGAUACAACCUCUCACUAAUCCGGUACUAUCCCUAUAUCUCGUCGAGUCAACCCUCGACGCCACGCAAGAUGCCGCAUAGUCAUAAAGUCGAACGCCUUAUCCAUCUUGAGCUCGCGGGUGCGGGGUUACGGGUUAGUGAUCGGGCGAAUUGCGAUGUCUGUGGAAAGGCGCAUAGGGAGUGGUUCGAGAUCGAUGCGAAUAAAAAGAGUAUUGCGAUGGUGGAUGAGGUGGUGAAACGCUGGUCGGAUUGGGAUGAGUCGAAGGCUUGAUUACCUACUAAAUAUUACAUUAUAAAGGCAUACGAUAUCACGACGCUAUGAGAGUAUGGGGAGUGGGGUGUGUUUAGGCAUGGCUAGGCGUUUAAGGCAUGGCAUAAUGGAAUACUUAGAAUUCGAUGGACAUAAGGGUUCCUGACUCGGAGUGUCGAUGAGACGUUGAUAACUAGUGCUCCCUGUUUUCGGUAGUCUAAACGUGGUUUCAUUGUCCGAUCUUGCCCCUUGCGUAUUGAAUUACUACUACAUAUCGUGCGAGUACAACUGAAUUUAUUAGAGUGCCUUGAACAGUGUGGAUGGUAACACUUGUUUAAUAGCCUCUAACGGUCUUUUGGGUCACCACGGCUAAUUAUUACGUCCGGCGAAUAAUAUAGGUGCCAAC